AUGGUGAACCUUCGCUCCCAAAAGCGCCUCGCAGCGUCCGUCGCCGGCGUCGGCAAACGCAAAAUAUGGCUCGACCCCAACGAGCAGUCCGAGAUCGGCAACGCCAACUCCCGCACCCACGUCAAGCGGCUCAUCAAGGACGGCCGCAUCAUCAUCAAGCCCACCACCGUCCACUCCCGCGCCCGCACCCGCGACCUCCUCGCCGCCAAGCGCAAGGGCCGCCAUACCGGCCCCGGCAAGAGGAAGGGUACCGCCGAGGCCCGCAUGCCCACCAAGGUCCUCUGGAUGCGGAGACAGCGCGUCCUGCGCAGGCUGCUCAGGAAGUACAGAGAGGCGGGCAAGAUCGACAAGCACCUCUACCACUCGCUCUACCAGAAGUCGAAGGGUAACGUCUUCAAGAACAAACGCGUGCUCAUGGAGUUCAUCCACAAGGCGAAGGCGGAGAAGACCCGCACAAAAGUCCUCUCAGACCAGAUGGAGGCUCGCCGUAUCAAGAACAAGGCGGCGCGCGAGCGUCGGGCAGUGCGCGUUCACGAGAAGAGGCAGGCGAUCAUCGCCGUCGAGCACGAGGACGCCGUCCCCGAGUAA